UCGAUAAUAUCGAUAGUGCCAGAUGUAUUGACUAAAUUUCGUGUCGCACCUUUCGGCGCUUAAACCCAUUUUUUGCGAAUUACAAUGGAGGCGCUGGUGAAUUACAGUAGCGAGGACGACCAGGAGGAUGCCGGCUACCAGAUACGGGCACCACAACAACAACAACAACAACAGCAGCAGCAUCUGUACCAUGCAGCCAAGGGGAAAACAACCGUAAAGCAGAGGGCCAAAAACAACAUCAAUAGUAGUAGUAACAACAGCAACAAUAACAAUAUCGGCAGCAGCGACGGUGACGGCGACGCCGACGCCUAUGCCGGCAGAGAGAGCGUCGGCAACGGCGGCAGCCCCAGAGAAAAGCCGAAAAAACGCCAUCACACUCCACCGCUGUCGACGUCGCAGCAGCAGCAUCACCACAGGAGCAGCAGCAGAGGCCGCAUAGAUGAGGAUACGCAGCAGAGUCGCCAUCAGCGCCAGGAGCGGGACAGGGAUCGAGAUAGGGAACGGGACUGGCACAGGCACAAGGAUCGUGAGCGUGACAGGGAGCGGGAGCGAGAAAAGCGUGAUCUGGACCGCGGCAGGGAAAAGGAGCGUGACAGGGAUCACAGUAAGAGCGAACAUCGUCAUCAUCGUACCAAAGAUAGCCACGGCCACCGGGAGCGUGAGAGAGAGCGUGAUCGGGACAAGGAACGCGAGAGAGAGCGGGAGCAGCGAAUUCGCGACAAGGAUCGUAGGCGUUCGGAGAAGAGUAGUCGGCACCACAGCGGCAAGGACCAGCGUCAUCACCACAACUCCUCAGCUUCCUCCGCCGCUGCAUCUGCUGCUCCCACAAACGCAUCUGCUCAGCGCCGCUCCUACGAUGACCGCAGUGGUCGUCGGCGCCGUGAUUCCCGCUCUCGAUCCCGCACGCCCACGGGAACGCCACCCUCUCGUCGCCGUCAGCAGGCGCAGCAGCAUCAGCAGUUGCGCAAAUACCGCGAACGUGACUCUAGCAGCCGCUCCCGAUCUCCCAAGGAUGAGCAAUCCCAGGCGCUCCGCGGAGGAGCUGUAUCCGGGACUCACCUGCUAAACAAGCCCGGCGGCGGAUCCUCAUCAGCUGCCUCUGUGGCAGCAGCGGCUGCUUUGGCAGCCGCCAAUGCAGCAGCCGCAGCUAUGGCGGUGGCAUCCUCUGGAAGCGGAGGAGCCAACGUUGGCGGCAGCGGGCUUCUGCCCACGCCUAACUACGCACCCAAGAUACCUUCGCUGAUGUCCCUCGAGCUGACCACACCAGCGGUAGCAACUCCUGCGGCGGAACCUAUCCAGCUGCCCAGCUACUACAAUCCGGGCAUCAUCAAUGCCAAUCGCUACGCGGAACAGCAGCACAAGCGGAAGCUUCUGUGGGGCUCCAAGAAGAGCGAGGACUCGGCGAACAAGUGGGGCAACGCCCACUUUUCCCAGGACUCGGACGGCAAAGUGGCCUCGAAGUUUAUGCGGCUGAUGGGCAUCAAGAAUGCUGGCUCCUCCGGUGAUGGAGAUCCUAACAGCAGUAGUGGAGCUACCGAGCCUGCGGAGGCCAGCAAUGGUAAUACAGCCAGCGAUGGUGGAUCGGGCGUAGCUUCUGGCGGAUCAGUUCAUGCUGGCGGAGCAACCGGAGCAAGCGUCCCGGCCGAUGUCCAGCUGCGUCAACGUAUGUUCUCCAACAUGGAGCAGCAGUACGAGAUGGCAAGAGCGGCCACGCACACAAUGCGCGGCGUAGGUCUCGGUUUCGGCUCCCAGCCACGCUCUUUCUAGAUAAAGGAUCAGCGGAUGCGGAAGAGAGCAGAAUAAGAUGGAGGAGGAGGAGGAGGAGCUCCAAACCAGGCUGUAAAUACCAUGCCAAUCACUCAACUCAUUAGUCAUGUCGAGCUGUUUCCCCCAAACCCUCUUAGUUUGUGUUAAGCCAAUGUUUUUUUUAAAUUUUAAAAUAAACGUUGCAAGAAAAGA